AUGAAGUGCACCAUUACUGUGGAGGCGCUAGGCACUUUUGCCUAUGAGUAUUCGCUGGAGGUAAAUGGGAAAAAUUAUGAGAAAUUCCGCGAAGAGCAAAGCAGAAAAUUACUAUGUUGGGAAACGCAUAUUGGUGGAGAGGAAACCCGGAUUGUGUUAGGAUUUUUGUCUUGUCUUGUAGGAGACCUUUUCACAGCAGUUUUGAAUGCAAUUAUAAAAAUGAUGGAAGGCGACAUAGUAGCGAAAUGGACGGUCCCUUUGCAGGAUAAGGUACAUCGAAUAGAAUUUGAGCAUGGUACAACCACUGGGAAACGAGUAAUACGAAUUGAUGGAAAGGAGAUUUUGCGGCGAGACUGGAUGUUCAAAUUGGUUGGGAAGGAAUCAUUCCAGCUAGGAAAAAUGAAGUGCACCAUUACUGUGGAGGCGCUAGGCACUUUUGCCUAUGAGUAUUCGCUGGAGGUAAAUGGAAAAAAUUAUGAGAAAUUCCGCGAAGAACAAAGCAGAAAAUUACUAUGUUGGGAAACGCAUAUUGGCGGAGAGGAAACCCGAAUUGUGUUAGACAAAGAGACCAUGGAAAUCUGGGUAAAUGGAAAUAAAAUCGAUACUGCUGGCGAAUUCGUUGCUGAUGGAACGGAGACACAUUUCGAGGUUGGAAGACAUGUCUGUAAAAUUCGUGCAACGAGUAGUGGACGGAAGAAGAUUGGCGUUGUCCAUGAUUUGUAUGUUGAUGGAGAACCGAUUCCUCAGAUGACGUUUUCGAAAGCUCGAUGA